CAGUUUCCCCUGACAAUGGCAGAUUUCCAGAUACACCAAUGAGUGAGGACUGACAGCCCGAGAGGACCAGCAUCCUAUAUAAAGAGGGAGAGCCCAGGUCUGUUUCAGAAAAUGAGCACAGGAGAGGUUGCAGAAUGGAGAGCGUAAAGCGACCUUGCCUUAUAUUGUCAGAGGGACACUGGCUGGCUUUACUUUCCUUGCUGUUUAUUACAGCAGAAGCAGCACACAAAUCCGACCCAGGCAGCGAUAUCCCUGCCACAGUUAUUAACCAUUCCUCCAUGCUCAUCCAACGUCUGAAAGACCUGCUGCAGAACAGCAACUCCAGCGACUGCACCCUCCGUGUCCGUACCGCCAACUCGGAUGAGGUGAAGGUGUUCCACACCCAUCAGCUGCUCCUCAGCCUGCAAAGUGAUGUCUUUGGAGGACUCUUGGGGAAUCAGAGUAUAGUAACACUGCAGGAGCCGGCUGACUGCGCCAUUCUGUUUGAGAAAUUUGUGAGGUAUUUUUACUCUGGUGAGAUUUCAGUCCACCUAAACCAAGCCAUGCCACUGCAUCGUUUGGCCAGCAAAUACCAUGUCUCAGCACUGCAGAGAGGCGUUACAGAGUAUAUGAAGAACCAUCUGGCCUGUGAGUCAUCUCAAGGCCAUGUUGUGAGUUGGUACCACUAUGCCUUGGGCAUGGGUGAUGAAACCCUGCAGGAAAGCUGCCUGAAGUUUUUGGCAUGGAACCUUUCCACUGUUAUAAGCAGCAGUGAGUGGGUGACUGUAAGCAAUGACCUCAUGGUCUCCCUUCUAAAACGUUCUGACCUAGUGCUACAGAGUGAGCUAGAGCUUUUUAGUGCUAUGGAAGAAUGGGUCAGUAAGAACAGUCCAAAUGUUUCCAUCAUAGAGAAGAUUUUGAGAUCCAUAAGGUACCCCAUGAUCCCUCCAAGUCAACUUUUUCAAAUCCAGAAACAGUCAGGAAUUCUUGUCUCUUACCAUAACGUCGUUCAGGAUCUCCUGUUUCAAGCAUUUCAGUUUCAUUCCGCAUCCCCUCUACAUUUUGCUAAGUAUUUUGACGUUAAUUGUAGUAUGUUUAUUCCUCGAAAUUAUCUAUCCUCAUCGUGGGGGUCCCAGUGGAUCAUUAACAACCCUGCUAGAGAUGACAGGAGCCUCAGCUUCCAGACACAGUUAGGUCCAAGCAAUCAUGACUCUAGUAAGAAGAUUACAUGGAAUGCUCUUUUCUCUCCACGAUGGCUCCCUGCCAGCCUCCGUCCUGUAUACUCAGAGUCUGUGUCCAGUUCUUCCCAAUCAAACCGCCUCGAUGAAGGAAAACCACGUCUAGUAGUUACUUCAGCCAUGAGUGGUCUAGAUUUUGCAGGCGUUACCUUCCAGAAAACUGUGCUUGUUGGAGUAAGAAGACAGCAAGGCAAGGUGUUUGUGAAGCAUGUCUACAAUGUCCACCAGAGCACAGAUGAAGUGGCUGACUUCCUAGCUCAUGCUGACCUACAGAAACGGACCUCAGAAUAUCUCAUUGACAACUCCCUGCAUCUCCAUAUUAUCAUUAAGCCUAUCUACCAUUCUCUAAUCAAGGCCAAGUGACAUGAAUGAGAUAGUAGUAAAUAAUAGAUAACCUUAAGGGGCCUACACACUGGGCGAUAUUUUUGACCAACGAUAUCAUCGGUGGUCGAUUUUACCUACACACUGGACGAGGGUUCACUACGGC